GUGAGAGAACGUGACGUCAUGACUACCUUGUGAUACACUGAAGUGAAAAUAGGAAGAGAAUCAGCGACCAGACUACGCUGUAACCUGACAAAAUCAAACACCAAUCACUGUGGUUUCGCUGUGAACAGAACAGAACCAGGUUUUAGAGCCACCGGGCCCUUCAUCUAACGAGCGAAAAUGACGGCAGCGGUGUUUUUUGGCUGCACAUUUAUCGCCUUCGGCCCAGCCGUCUCCCUGUUCCUGUUUACCAUCGCCCGGGAGCCGCUGAGGGUGAUUUUCCUCAUAGCAGGAGCGUUUUUCUGGCUAGUGUCGCUGCUGCUGGCCUCCCUGGUGUGGUUCAUCUCAGUCCAGAUCAGUAAUAAGGAGAGUGCAUCGCAGCAGAAGGGUCUGCUCAUCUUUGGUGUAGUGCUGUCAGUCCUGCUGCAGGAAACAUUCCGCUUUGCUUACUACAAACUGCUCAAGAAAGCAAACGAAGGCCUCCUUGCGCUGAGUCAAGAGGAAACGAUGCCAAUAUCCAUACGACAGCUCGCCUAUGUGUCUGGCCUUGGCUUUGGCUUUAUGAGCGGAGCAUUCUCUGUGGUCAACAUCCUGGCUGAUUCUGUGGGGCCAGGGACCAUAGGCAUCCACGGUGACUCUCAACACUACUUCCUGUCCUCAGCCUUCAUGACCAUGGCCAUCAUCCUGCUUCACAUGUUCUGGGGUGUCGUCUUCUUCGAUGGCUGUGAGAAGCAGCGCUGGUUGGCGGUAGCUGCUGUCGUCAUCAGUCACCUCGUGGUGUCCUGCUUGACCUUCCAGAACCCACAGUACAUUUCCAGCCUGGUUCCCACCUACAUAAUCAUGUUCUCAAUGGGUAUUUGGGCAUUUUACACGGCUGGAGGCUCCCUCAGGAACCUCAAACUCUGCCUCACCUGCAAAGACAAGGACUUCCUGCUGGCCAACCACCGGCCCAGAUAACGCUGCGAGCUCAGGAGUUUACAGAACUCAGUCCAAAGAUCUCAACGUUCAUAAACACACACAUACACACACACACACACUGAACGUUUUUAAUUAGCUGUUUCACAUGGGAGCUUAAAAGCAAAGGUUUUUGGAGAAACAAAGGUGAGUCAUGUCAGGUCAGUGUCGGCCUUUUCCCCCUGACUUUUCCUGCUGACGUUGUAGAAGAUAUUCUCUGACAACACUUAGAUUCUGCUCAAAUAAAAAACACUGAAAACGUCAUCUGACAGAUGUGUGAUCUGAAUUUGCAGGGCUCUCAUUUUGAAAAACUUUUGUAUAUAAGGAGACAUUUCUGAAAACCACGAUUCUGUUAGGAUGCCUUUGAGCUGAAAUGAAGACAUGGUUGGUAUUUAGUUUUAACUUGGUUAUGUUGAGCUCUUUAGACUGAUUUCAUUUUACUAGCUUGGGGUGGCUGGUCUUCAUCCUCCAUUCUUGGCCUACAGUCCAAACUGGAGAGAAGAAUGUGCUGAAACGGUUUCCUUUCAGAAUAGCUGUUGGUUUAGGAAUGUUUUAUGUUUAUAUAAACUCAAAUGCAACAAAGUGUUUACUCUGUGAUCUUUUGAAAGUUCACAUUCAUCUGCUCUUUUUUUUUUUUUGUUUUGUUUUAGUGUCAAAUUUCUCACACUGAAUGUUUUUUCAUUGCACUUGCUUUUAUGUUGAUUACCUUUAUGUACAGUUUGUGAAAAUUGAAUUCUGAAGUGUAAUACAAAUGGGAUGGAAGUUAGAAUAAGAUGCAAGUUAUGCAUGUUUAGCUGGCUUGAGUCCAUGAGAGAAUCACAUUUGAACAGGUGGAAAACCUGAUGGGUACAAACCUGCAAGAAUAAAUUUGGUUAUGUUCAA